GGCCGAAGCUGCCCGCGCUGCGCCUUUAACGCGCUUGACUGGUCAGAGGACGGGCUGUGUGGUCAUGGCUGAGGCGCUGAUAUAGGCUGGCAUGAAACUGGACGGCUGGACCUGCGAACGGUCCACCUUUAAAGGUCAACACGGGGGAAGAGAAAGUCGCCUGCGUGUCGCGGAUUCGCCGGAUUAGCGCUCUCUGAGAUGAUCCAUUUCUGCUAUGGCGAGAGGUCUGUUUCCACGGGCCUGGAUGACAAAGUCUUACCACUUUCAGGUCCGCCUGUCCCACGUCCGGGUGAAGUACCUGUUCCUGACGUGGCUGACCGUGUUCGUGGGCAGUUGGGUGAUCUACGUGCAGUACUCCUCUUACACAGAGCUGUGCCGAGGACGAGAAUGUCAGAACAACAUAUGUGAUAAGUACAGAAAGGGCGUGAUCGAUGGCUCUGCCUGCAGUAGUCUGUGUGAGAAAGGCUCGCUCUAUUUCGGGAGGUGUUUGUCCAGCAAGCCAAACAAUCAGGUGUAUACAGGUAGCUGGGGGGACGUGGAUGGAGUGAUCAAGUGUCAGCUGGAUGACGUGCUGCAUUAUGAGCUGGGAGAGGAGCUGGAGCCGAGGAAGGAGGCGGCGCUUUUCGAGAAACCAACUCGAGGAACCUCUGUGGAGAAGUUCAAGGAGAUGGUGUCCAGCCACCUGAAGGCCAAGGUUGGGGAACAAGCCAGCCUGGCUGGCUUGGUGUCCCUGAUCCUGACCGUUGCCGAUGGCAACAAAGACGGCCGCGUCUCUCUUCCGGAGGCCAAAUCUGCCUGGGCUUUGCUGCAGCUUAAUGAGGUCUUAUUGGCCGUAGUUCUGCAGGACCGUGAGCACACGCCCAAGCUGCUGGGCUUCUGCGGUGAUCUGUACGUGGUGGAGAGGGUCCCUUACACCCCUCUGUAUGGCCUCAGCCUGCCCUGGCCCCUGGAGCUGUGGGUCCCUGCAGGUUUCCGCCGCAGCCUGGACCAGUGGUUCACACCGUCUUGGCCGCGGAAGGCAAAGAUCUCCAUCGGCCUGCUGGAGCUGGUGGAGGACGUCUUCCACGGGCCGUUUGGCAGCUUCCUCAUGUGCGACAUGAGGCCCGGCAGCUUCGGCUACACAGAGCGGCACGACUUGCGCUUGGUGGACGGUCGGCUGGUGGUGCCGGAGGAGGCCUUCAGGAGGGCCAUGAGGCUGCAGCGGUGCCAGGAGGACCACGACUGCGUGUAUGGAGUUGAUUGCCGGACAACGUGCGACCACGCCGAAGGCCGCUGCACGGCACAGGUGAGCCAGCCCAACCUGGCCAGAGCCUGCGGGGCGUUGAAGGACUACCUCCUGCGGGGGGCACCGGCACACCUGCGGGACGAGCUGGAGAAGCAGCUGUACGCCUGCAUGGCGCUCAGGGGCUCGGCCGAGCACAUGGAGAUGGAGCACUCGCUCAUCCUCAACAACCUGAAAACACUGCUGUGGAAACAAAUCUCGCACACAAAGGACUCGUAAAGCUGAGGCUUCCAGUCGCGGAGAAUCACGACCCUGCACAGUCUCUCGUUCUCUGUCUCGCCACUCUAGGGAUGCACUACAGCUAUAAAGUCGAUUAGCCCUUAGAAACGUUGAAUGAAUAUGUGCCAUUUGCUUAAAAACGAAAUCGCCGUGUAAUUCUCCGCCAUGUUCCUGUCGUCACUGUCGCAGCAAAAGCUUGUAGUUGCUUUUUUUUUUUUUUUUCUUCACUUUUUUUCUUUAAACCAUUUGACACCGUGGACUUAAAUCUUGCUACAGUAACGUUAGAAAUGCAAAUUAUGGCAAAUCGUUAACCAACAAGCCUCAAAUCAAGGAUGCUGCCCAUCAGAAUGUCAGUUAAAACAAGAGUUCUGGUUCUGAAAUCUGAUUGGCUGAGGUCACGUUGUGACCUGUUGUAAUAUACUUGAUAUAAACAUGAGCUCAUCAGCUGAAUUCUGUAUUAAUGUGCUGCGAUAUAACGGUUUCUCAUAUGGCACGUGGAACAUAUGAUUUCAGGCCAUGUCAGUACUAACAUACAAAGGAGCCCUGGUUUCAGGCUGAUGACGGUGUUUAUAAUUAUAGUAUAUUAAUAUAAUAAACAGAUACUGAAAUGUUUAUAUUCUAAAGUGUUAGUUAUAUUUACUGUAAAUUAUUAGCUCAUGUUAAACUGAACAUAAAUACCGUGAUUGGGGCAGCUUAAGCUCAGUGGACGAAGGUCUGUGUCUUCACCUGCAGAUGUUUGCUCUUGAUGGGCUUCAUCAUUGUAGUUGUGCUGUUGUCGUUGCAAAAACUCCAGUAUUUUUAGCUGCAUUUCGUUUUUUUGCCGGUCUGUCGAGCAAAACCAAUCGCCUGUUGCACCUUUUAUUAAAAUUACAAAAUGUACCUCAAAUAAAUGACAAACUCGCCUAUUCAGGAACUUAAAUUAUUAUUUUUUAAAUUAGCCCAUAGUUUUGGUCCAGCAGUCGCGUUUGUCGAUUUAUGGACCACAUUUUUUGAUGUCUCCCAUAACCUUACCUUUUUUAAUGGAUACAGGGUUAUGUUACAAUAACAACAAUCAUUCCGACAGAUUGCAGUACACUAGAGGAAGUCUAGGGGGCGACGUUGUCUUCUAUUCUUUUUUUUUUUUGUGACCAUAAAAGAAGAGUUCCAUCGU